AUGGCCUAUCUUUUAUUAUAUGUUGAUGAUAUUAUACUGUGCACCUCAUCUGACUCUCUGCAUGAUAGACUGAUUAGUACUCUCCAAAUUGAAUUCCCCAUGUCUGAUUUGGGUCCACUCAGCUACUUCUUAGGAAUCUCAGUUACUCGUACUCCUUCCUACAUGCUUUUAUCUCAGCAGAAAUAUGCACAGGAAAUAUUGGAGCGUGCAGGUAUGGGCUCCUAUAAGCCUGCAGCGACUCCUGUCGACACUAAUGCUAAACUCAGUGCUGCUUCGGGUCCUCCAGUUUUCGAUCCAACUCAUUAUCACAGUUUAGUUGGUGCAUUACAAUAUCUUACUUUUACUCGUCCUGAUAUUGCUUAUGCAGCUCAACAGGUUUUCUUAUUCAUGCAUGAUCCACGGGAACCUCAUUACAAUGCAUCGAAACGCAUCCUGCGUCACAUUCAGGGCACCAUUGAUCACAAGUUACAUCUUUUAUCCUACUACUCACUUGCGCUUGAUCACUUACACUGA